GAAAGCCAUUCGUUCCAGUUGCAGUCAGGCAGUAGCAGGUCAACAUCAUUGUUCUUUGUUACAUGCUUCAUACUGCUCUUGUCAUCAUGGAUGUGGAGCAACUUAUAAAUGAAGUUAAGCUGCGCCCAGCUAUUUGGGACCAGAGACUGGGCGAAUACCACAAUCGUGACGUAAUUUCCAGUUUAUGGAAUGAAGUGGCACAGGAGUGCUGUUCAGAUGUUAAAACGGCGAAAUCUAAAUGGAAACAUCUGAGAGACAAUUACAGAGCAGAACUUAAGAAACUUGGUAACGUUAGAUCAGGUGACCCAGGAAAAAGCCCACAGAAACGCAAUACCACUUGGCCUUGGUUCCAACACAUGCAUUUCCUAAGGGAUAUUUUAAUUCCAAGAGCAAUGCAGAGUUCGCUGUCAUCAGAAACGGAACCAGAAAGUCAAUCUCAACUAUCUCCAGAAUUUUCGUCUAACGACCACUCUAGUCCACAAGAUGAACGAGAUCAGUCUGAUAUAUCAUCAUUAGUGGCAGUUGAUGAAACGUCGCCACUGGCAAGCACAGUAUCACAAAGGAAAAAAAGAGAAGUAGUGGGCCAAAUAUUGAAGAAGAAUUUUUAA